GGGGACUGAAGAUGCCAAGGAAAACAGUGGUGUUACGAUCAUCCAACAAAGAGCACGCUUACAUGUUUAUACAUGCAUCAAUUAAAAGUUACCUUGUACUAAUGCUAUUGUGCUGUAUAUACAGCAAAAUAUUCGACUUUUUCAUUUGACGACUACUGAAAAAAAUCAUUUUAUUCACCUACAUAAUAUUUCAAAAAUUCUAGUCGAAGUUUAAACUUUCAAUUUUAUUUCUAAAUGGCAAAAAUGUUGAUAAGGACUAGACGCGAGUGCGACAACAAAAUUGCAUUUUUGUUAAGAGUUUCAUUUUUUGUCGGAAUUCCUUUUAUUUACUUUGUGUUUGUGUGUGCGAUUGGAACCGUGAAGAGCGCCAGCGGAGGGGUAGUAGUCGAAAGCAAUAUAAUAGCACCAGACUUCGAAGAUUCGUUCUCGACCCGCCAUCUGCUCGGCCUAGCGGAGUCCGGCAAGAACUGUACCCCAGCCGCCAUUUUGGAGUUCCCGCCUGAUGGGUUGACUCAUAAACAACGUCGAAGUGGAUUUAUCGUAAUCCACUGCAUCUUGGCCAUAUAUUGUUUCCUACUGUUGGGUACAGUGUGCGAACAGUAUUUCGUACCAGCAAUCGAUAUGAUGUGUGAUCGUUUCGACAUGUCAUCGGACGUGGCCGGUGCCACGUUUAUGGCAGCUGCCAGCUCCAGCCCGGAGCUGUUCAUCAACUGCGUGGGCACGUUCGUGACAGAGGGAGAUCUGGGAGUGGGCGCCAUAGUCGGCUCGGCCGUGUUCAACGUGCUAGCGGUGCCUGCGUGCUGCGCUCUCUUCACCAGCCAAGUCAUCGAGUUGGAUUGGUGGUCGGUUUCCCGGGAUUGUCUGAUGUAUGCGGUCACGGUGGUUGCUCUGAUCCUGACCCUGCUCGACGACAAGAUCUAUUGGCAUGAGGCACUGCUGCUGGUGCUGAUGUAUACCUUCUAUAUCUUGGCAAUGGUGUUCAACAAACGACUUGGCAAGUUCGUAAGGAGCGGUUGCUGUGUGCCUAACAAGCCAAAAGUGUACACGGAAAUCACACCACUACUUAUAAAAGACAAGCAACAUUCUUUGGAUCCUACAUGCCGCAUGAACAUGUCAACCAACGACUUGGAACGAGGAGUGGAGAUGGCGAGGAGACACGAUUCGGAGACAUCAGACGUCAGCAGCAUAAGCUCAUUGUGGUCGUGGCCUGACGAGAAAGCUUCAACGUUGAAGAAACUUCUGUGGGUGGUGACUUGGCCCAUCGGCCUGCUGCUCUGGGCCACGGUGCCGGACUGCCGCCGCUACCCGCGCCUCUACCCGCUCACCUUCGUGAUGUGUGUCUCAUGGAUCGGAGGAGUAUCAUACCUUGUAGCUUGGAUCAUUACCAUUGUCGGCGAUACAUUAGACGUCCCUGAUAGCAUCACAGGGCUGACAAUCCUGGCUGCCGGCACCAGCUUACCUGAAGCUGUUUCAAGUGUUUUGGUGACUAAAAAUGGUCAUGGUAACAUGGGCAUCAGCAACUCCAUAGGAUCGAACACGUUUGACAUCUUGCUUUGCCUAGGCCUACCGUGGCUCGUGAAGGCACUCUUCUACCCGAGUGUACCAGAAAACUAUUUUGUGUCGAUCAACUCCAGCGGGCUCUCUUACAGUGCUAUAUCGCUGUUGUCCACUCUGUUCACAUUGUAUGGGGCACUGGCACUUAAUAAAUUCCAAUUGGACUGGAAAAUCGGAGUCAUCUGUAUCGUGGCGUAUGCCGGCUACAUAGUCUUCGCGGCCCUUAUAGAACUGAACGUAUUCUUCUUGGUAAACCUACCUAUUUGCCCUCAUUAAAGAUUUUAAACGAAGAACUGAUAUAUUUAUAAGUAUCAGUGUUCGUCGUAUAAAUAAGCUGAUAUUGGUAGUUGAUAUGAUGAUGGGAUUUGCAAUAGUUUAUUUUAGUGCUAUUUUGCGGAGAUAGGUUCUUAAUAUCAGUGUACCCUUCAAAAGUAUUCUUAUACGUAUACCUACUUAAUAUAUUAUAAUGUGGUAUAAACUUGAUCCUGGCUUGUUUAAGUUUAUGGUAUUAUACUUAAAAUCCAACAAAUUAUGUUCAAUCUGCAUAAGUAAACUCUAAGUGAAAUUCUCUAAUACAAAU